UAGAAGUAGAGGUAGAGGAGGCAGCCGAUGUACAUAACGCAUGCGCAAAAUCCUUGCGCAUGCGAGUUAAGGUUCCAGCCGCGCUAGCUAGUGGUAGUGACUUCGUUAUUAGGCCUGUUUUGCAGUAACAGCGGAAAGUUACAGUACUAUGUUAUUUUGACACAUAUAACAGGCUUAUUUGUGCAAAGUUGCCCGCAGCUAAUAUAUUUUACGGAUAUUGUAAAAGGCACCAACUAUUAAACAUGAAUAUUCGCAAUGCGAGGCCAGAGGAUCUGAUGAACAUGCAGCACUGCAACCUGCUGUGUCUUCCAGAAAAUUACCAAAUGAAGUACUACUUCUACCAUGGACUGUCUUGGCCACAGCUGUCCUAUAUAGCUGAGGACGAGAAUGGAAAGAUAGUUGGAUAUGUUCUGGCCAAAAUGGAGGAGGAUCCAGAUGAUGUGCCUCAUGGACACAUUACAUCAUUAGCAGUUAAGCGUUCCCACAGAAGACUUGGUCUGGCUCAGAAAUUAAUGGACCAGGCCAGUCGAGCCAUGAUUGAGAACUUUAAUGCCAAAUAUGUAUCUCUUCAUGUUAGAAAAAGCAAUCGGGCAGCCCUUCAUUUGUACUCCAACACACUCAAAUUUCAAAUAAGUGAGGUGGAGCCAAAAUAUUAUGCAGAUGGUGAAGACGCAUAUGCAAUGAAGAGGAACCUUACACAGAUGGCAGAUGAGGUAUGUUCUCUGCAGAAACCUGGUGUGCGUCUGUGGGGAUCUGAGGUGCCUCAGUCACAAACAGUUGCAGUCACGGAGCUGGUGCAAAAACUGUCAAUGCAGGAUGGAGAGAAGGAGGGUGAUGGAGACAGUGGAGGAGAGAGCAAAGAGAUGAGUGAAGUAAGCGAGGCUACUGAGAGCACAGACGUCAAAGACUCCUCCUCUGAUUCCUAAAAGGCCUCAAAUCAACAGAAGACAUCUGUCCUUCAUCAACCUAGGAUUGUAAAUUGGUUUACUACAACUGGUUAAUUCAAAGAGACAACCUGCUGAAAGUACUCAUGACCUGAUAUUUCUACACACUAGCUUAUUAAUAAAAUUUGACAGUAUACAUAA